UGAGUGCUAAUUGAAACAUUGAUAAAAAAAACCAGUUUAAGUAAAAUAUAUAUAGCCUUUCAAAUUAAUAAAAGUUUGAUACUCAAUUAUAACUUAAUUAACAAUUAGGUGAUAAUGAGAGAAGUUAAUGAGAUCGUUACCCUCUAGCAUACUCAAAAUGGUUCAGUCAAAUAUAAUCAAUGAAUGCCGUUGCGGAAAUAUAUUACAACUGACCGGUUGAGUACAAACUACUUACACCAAUGAGAAUAACCAUAACUAGAGAAGAAAAAACAUGAUCAUACGGAAUCAUCUUUACCGUUUAACGAAAAGAAAAAAUUAUAAUUAAAAGAACCAUUAAUCGACAGGUAUUGGAACUAUGUAAUUCAAAAGGUUGAGAGUUGACCAUGAUAUAUUAUACGAUCUCUUGACCAUCUUACAAGAAAUUAAGUUACGUUCAGACGUAUGUAUACACAUACAUUGAUACAUAAUACAAUUGUGUUGUUAUAUUAAGAAACCAACAGUAAUGUACAUACAUGAUACGUAUAACGAUAUAGUCUAGCUAACCAUAUUCUUACGUACGCCUUAAAAAGAAGAUAUAUUCAGUUCCCUCCUUCAAUAUAAAAACCUAAGGUGCUUGUCUUCUGUUGUAUAUAUAUAAGACACAAGAUACAACAUAGCUGCACAAUUCGUCCAUAUAAAUUUGUUCACACUCGAAUGACGAAAGGUAACAUGUCGCAGUUCCUCUAUUCUCUAACGCUCGUCUUCGUUUUCCUCACAUCAACAAACAUCCAAAUGACAGCAGCCACUCCAUCAUCCUACUCCCAAAACCACAAAAUGUUCGUGAAAACGGCAUGCAAUUCGACAACAUACCCUGACAAAUGCUACAAGUCUUUAUCCACAUACUCCACGGCCAUCAAAUCUGACCCGAUCAAGCUGUGCACCACAGCCCUUAAACUCAACGUGAAAUCCGCAAAAGAAGCGACUUCUGUCGUCGCUAAGCUUCUCAAAAAGUCCCAGAAAUCCGCGGCCGGGCGGAAGAGUAAAAUGGUACCGGAGACGCUGAUCCUCAAGGACUGCCUUGAGGAGAUGGAGGACACAGUUGUUGAGCUCAAGCAAGCGAUUACAGAAAUGAAGACUCUACCAGCUGGUGACUCUAUAGCUGAGCAUAUAACGAACGUUAGGACUUGGGUGAGCUCGGCGUUGACCGACGAAGGGACUUGUACGGACGGGUUCGAAGAGGUGAAAGUGAAUAAAGAAACUAAGAAGACGGUGACGAAGGUUGUCCAGGAACUUGCAACAACGACUAGUAAUACUUUGGCGCUUAUUACUAAUUUAAGUUACUAGCGUACAAUUGGAAUAUAUUAAGAUUAUUGUUAAUGAAUUAAUAAUUUAUUACGACCCUUUCCAUGUGCAUGUUGCUUCUGUUUUCUUCACGCCAAAAUGGAUGCGAUAAAUUUCUUGUAUUUACCAUAUAAAAUUGUAUGUUAGAGUUGAUUUGAUUAUGCCAAACUAUAUGUAUUAUACAUAGCUUUUUAAAAAUAUUACGAAAGAAAUUCCUCCACAAUAUAUUAAAAAAAAUAUAUAUCCACAACAUGUACGGAUCGGACGAGCAGCUCA